AUGGAUGCAAUUAGGAAACAAGCAAGCAGGCUCAGGGAGCAAGUCGCAAGACAGCAGCAGGCUGUUUUCAAGCAAUUUGGAGGAGGAGGAUCCGGCUCUGGUUUAUCAGAUGAUGCAGAGCUCCAUCAGCAUCAGAAACUAGAGAAGCUUUACAUAUCCACUCGUGCUGCGAAGCAUUACCAAAGAGAUAUUGUUCGUGGUGUGGAAGGUUAUAUAGUCACGGGGUCAAAACAAGUUGAAAUAGGGACGAAACUGUCUGAGGAUAGCAGAAAAUACGGCUCAGAUAAUACAUGUACAAAUGGGAAUGUAUUAACAAGGGCUGCACUGAGCUAUGGACGUGCUCGGGCCCAAAUGGAGAAGGAGCGUGGAAAUAUGUUGAAGGCUCUUGGUACACAGGUUGCCGAGCCAUUACGGGCAAUGGUUUUGGGAGCUCCAUUGGAGGAUGCUAGACAUCUUGCCCAACGUUAUGACAGAAUGCGCCAAGAAGCUGAAGCUCAGGCUACAGAAGUUGCCAGACGCCAAGCAAAGGCGAGAGAGUCUCAAGGUAAUCCUGACAUCUUGAUGAAACUGGAAUCGGCUGAGGCAAAACUUCAAGACCUCAAAUCAAAUAUGACAAUAUUGGGGAAGGAAGCUGCUUCUGCUUUAUCUUCCGUUGAAGAUCAACAACAAAAAUUGACUCUUGAACGACUGAUUUCAAUGGUCGAGUCUGAACGUAGCUACCAUCAAAGAGUCCUCCAAAUACUUGAUCAGCUCGAAGGAGAGAUGGUAUCUGAGAGGCAACGUAUUGAAGCUCCCUCUACUCCCUCAAGUGCAGACACUAUGCCGCCACCUCCAUCAUAUGAGGAAUCUAAUGGAGUGUUUACAUCUCACAUGCAUGACACUUCAACAGAUAACAUGGGUUACUUCUUAGGAGAGGUCUUGUUCCCAUAUCACGGUGUAACAGAUGUCGAACUCAGCUUAUCGAGCGGUGAAUAUGUUGUUGUUAGAAAGGUUACAAGCACUGGAUGGGCGGAAGGCGAAUGCAAAGGCAAAGCCGGUUGGUUCCCUUACGAGUACAUUGAAAGACGGGAACGAGUUCUUGCCAGCAAGGUGUCUGAAGUUUUCUGA